CGCUCGUUACACAACCAUUGACCCUUGUCUCUCUCUGUUUGUUACUACUGGACCCGCCGUCGCGUGCGCAUCCCCGACACCUAUCUAUCGACCCGCACUCCCUCACCAUGGCCGACGCCACCGACAAGAUCUCUAUCACCAUCUGCGGCGAUGGUGGAUGCGGAAAAUCAUCCAUCACCUUGCGCCUGGUGCGGAGUCAGUGGAUUCAUGAAUACGACCCUACAAUCGAGGAUUCAUAUUCGGUUACGCGCGUGGUCGAUGGCGUGCCAUACUUCCUAUCCAUCACCGACACGGCCGGCCAGGAAGAGUAUCGCGGCUUAUGGGCGGCUUCCAACCUGAGAUCCGACGCCUUUCUUCUGGUGUACGACAUCACCAACAAAUCGAGCUUAGGCGCUUUGGACUACUUCAUGGACAUGAUUGAGAUCGAAACCGAACAACGCCUUGAGGACAAUGAUCGGUUGCGCAAGGAGUUGGGGGCCAGUGCAGAGGGCCUCGAUGUGGGCAUGCCACCCCCGGUCAAGAUCGUCGCAGGGAACAAGUGCGAUCUCAAAGACAACAGAGUCAUUAGUUCCCGGGAUGGCCUGGAGUAUGCCCGAAAACACGGUUGCGGUUUCAUGGAGACCAGCGCCAGGGAGAUGGUCAACAUCGAGGAAACCUUUGCCCUCCUAGUCCGUCGGGUCGUCGAGGCCCGUCGACUACACUACCAGAAGGGUCCUCCGACCAGUCAAACCGCUCAAAGGGGCGAGCCUUCGACGGCUGCAAAAACCCCUGCUGACACGGUUGUUAGCAAGGAAGGCAAGGGAGAAUCGCAGAAGCGCACACAGAAACGACAGAGUGGUCUUCGUGGGCUCUUUGGAGGUAAACGUGCACGUCAGGAUCCAGGCGAGAAGGGCCAUCUUCAACCAGAGGCAUCAGGAUCGGGGCAGAACAAGCCAUCCAAGCCUGCAAAGGCGAGCAUAUGGAAGCGCAUGAGUUGUUGUUAGGCUGCAGGUCUGCCUAUUGCGGUCGUCCAUCCUUCUUUGUAUUAACAUUUCAACAUUAUACCCCCUUUUGUAUACUACUUAUUCAGCUGACUUCAAUCUCGACCGUUAACCUGUUGAUGCAUCCACGAAUGCCAAGUUCCAUCAUCUACUUCCUUGACGUGUAGUUU